CGUGUCGCCACCUUCUUUGUCUACGGCCCAGCAUUUCGACACCGGUGGGGGGGUUGUCUGUUUUUAUUCUGUCUCUAGUUUUGAGGAUAUAUUUCCCGAUAUAUCCCCAAUUUUCUGACAUUUAAUGACAGUCGACUCUGAGCUAUUUAUGCCUAAAAAUAAAGCACCAAAAAUGGAUGACCUGGACUACAUCCCGGUAGACCUGAGCCCAGAGGAGCGCUCCGAGCUGGAGGACAUCCGCAGGAGGAAGGGUGUCCUCUUGCAGGAGAUCCAGAGGCUCAGGGAGGAAUUACGAGAGGCAAUUUUAGAGGUAGAGGGACUGGAGACCAGUACAGAGGGCAGCAAAACUCUACAGAAAAGUAGACAUGUGGCUAUGGGACGCAAGAAAUUCAAUAUGGACCCAAAAAAGGGGAUUUUGUUUCUGGUGGAAAACGAGCUGCUCAGACACACAGCAGAGGACAUCGCACAGUUCUUGUACAAGGGAGAAGGCCUCAACAAGACCGCUAUAGGGGAUUAUCUGGGAGAAAGAGAUGACUUCAACAUCAAAGUGCUUCAAGCUUUUGUUGACCUCCAUGAGUUCACCGACCUUAACCUUGUGCAGGCCCUCAGACAGUUCCUGUGGAGUUUCCGUUUGCCAGGCGAAGCACAGAAGAUUGACAGAAUGAUGGAGGCCUUUGCUCAGAGAUACUGCCACUGCAACCCUGGUGUCUUCCAAAGCACAGACACGUGUUACGUGCUUUCGUUUGCCAUAAUUAUGCUGAACACAAGCCUCCAUAACCCGAAUGUGAGAGACAAACCCGGACUGGACCGUUUCAUCUCAAUGAACCGCGGGAUCAACGACGGGGGAGACCUGCCGGAGGAGCUGCUCAGAAAUCUGUAUGAAAGCAUUAAAAAUGAACCGUUCAAGAUCCCGGAGGACGAUGGUAACGACCUGACGCACACGUUCUUCAACCCAGACAGAGAGGGCUGGCUGCUUAAGCUUGGAGGAAGAGUGAAAACUUGGAAACGCCGAUGGUUCAUCCUCACAGACAACUGUCUUUAUUACUUUGAAUACACCACAGAUAAGGAACCACGAGGUAUUAUUCCCUUGGAAAAUCUUAGCAUCCGUGAAGUAGAGGACCCAAGAAAGCCUAACUGCUUCGAGCUGUACAUCCCCAACAACCGCGGACAGCUCAUCAAGGCGUGUAAGACGGAGGCUGAUGGGAGGGUGGUGGAAGGAAACCACAUGGUGUACCGUAUCUCUGCACCCACACCGGAGGAGAAGGACGAGUGGAUCCACAGCAUCAAAUCUGCUGUCAGUGUGGAUCCGUUCUAUGAAAUGCUUGCUGCCAGGAAGAAACGUAUAUCACUGAAGAAGAAAGAGGAGCAGCCCUAGGUUACGUCUAUGUUCCUCUUCCUCUCACAUCAUCUCUGCUGCUCGCUCCUCUCUUUAACCUUUCUUCCUCCUCCUCAUUCUUCCUGAAAAUGCCUCCUCUUCCACUUGCAAGGACCCCUUGCUGUCCCGACCGCCAGACUCUUUUAAAAAGCUGCAACCGGAACGAAUGGCUUACCUGCUGAGGCUGCCGUUCACAGUACUGCUGUUGCACUCAACUUAAUACAACAAUCCCAGAGCGCAAACAAAUUUUUGCCAUCAUCUCACCAUCACUCCCACUUAAACAGGCUGGAAAGAAUCUUUAAGACUGUAUUCACACUAGAAAUUAUCUUCUUUUUUUUGCACACUGGAUUGGGGUCUGUUGGCAUUUUAUACACAUCAAAUCACUUUAAUGUAAUUGUUUUGUUUUUUCAGAUUGCUUUAAUUUUUGGGAACGAUGUCGAGCAGUUUAAAAGGUUUACCAUCUGGGCUGAGAAUCGGCGUGAAUCAAGAAGUCAAAGAUUUUUCCACCUUGGUGUGAAUACAGUUUUAUUCAGGGUUGCAAGAAGCUGCAGUUUCAUGAAGUCCUAUUUUAUUAUCAUCAGUGCCGCCUUAAUAAGAUAUUCCCUUUGUUGAUUGUGCAUAGCCAAGACAAAAUGUGAAGUACUAACAAUAGGUUUUCAUUCUGAUAGAGCUGCGAAUUUGCAAACUAAUUUAAUAUUCCAAAUGGCAUAAAAUUCACAUCCAAACUUAAAUACUGAAGUAUAGCAAGGUAAAUGUUAUUAAUGUAUAUUUUCACUGGAUUUCAUAGUGGAAACACAGCGUACAGUAUGAACUUUAGCAUGUUUCUCAACAUGUUUGAGCAAUAGCAGAGUAGAGUAUUGUUGUCUGGAGGCUUGUUGAAUCUUUAUCUGCACAAAGCAGCUCUCAUCGUGUCUUUUCAGAAUUAACGUAACGGCAUGAAACACAAGUUUUCUUUUUUUGUGUAGCACUACAACAACUCAACAUCUGUUUAAUUAACUCUGUCCACCAACCUGGGUUCUGUGAAGUCACAAAGGCAGCUCUUUUCAUUGUACACUUUUUGUAAAUAGACGUUAGCAUAUUUGUUUACGAAACACAUAGAUUUGAUUUAAUUUAUUCUUUAUCUUUUGUUAAAAUCAGAUUUUUUUUGUACGAGCUACUGUUUUACUGCAUGUCGAUGAACGGAAGGAUCAGUCAUAGGUACUGAUGCAUGGUUGACCAAGUUAGUGCACUGAUUUGGAAAGUGUUCGUGUUUCCCGGUGACAUGGAAAGAUAGCAUUUAAUACUGAAGUUGGUUUGUGCAUCAAGUGAGUGAUCCUGCUUACCUUUAGAAAAUAUGAGAUUAUAUGUUUGACUUUUGUUUUUGUUUUUUUCUUCUUGAGGGAUUCAAACUCUGUAAAGCACAGACAGAGUUUGAUUCUCACACUCUGCUGCUCAGUGUCAAACUUAAAGGGCAUAUGUCAUCAUUUUGAUAAAAUUCUCUGCUUCAAAUAUGUUCAGACUUCAGCUAAUUUACAUUUUAUGACUGAAAUUCAGAAAUGCAGAAAAACAACAACAUGUAAAUUACAUUUUGGGAGCUAAACCCAUUCAUUAAGAUAUAAGUAGCGAUAGCAAAGUCUUCACUUGAAUUUGAGUUCAUAAAGGGAAUAUUUAUUUAUGGUGAUUUAUCUUCAGAGGUUGAGGAGGUCGGGAGAAAUGUUAAGUGUGUUAAGUGGAUGAAAACCAAACAAACCAGCACCCCACAGAGAGAUGUAAAAGUGCGCGUGAUGAGUCCAUUCUGAGUGUAAUUCACCAUCCUGAGCACUUGUAACAAAUACUGUAAAAGAUAAUUUAACCAUUCGGAUUGAUGCUUGAAUAUCUGUCCCAACAUUUUAACUCAGAUGUGUACAGGCACAUUACGCCCAACAAAAUAACUUAGUUUUAUUGACACCAUCUCCAAAUGUACAUUUGCUCCACAAUAUCCUGUUCCACCUUGAAAAGUAACUCCAAGCGGAUGCUACACGUUUUAAAAUACUGACGUACAACCUAUUAGCUACUAUCUUCCAAUGCAUUGGAUUUGGCUAAGAAUAUGUCGAAGUAACUGUCAGAGGAAGCUGGUUAAUUUUGCCAACCAUCCAGAUGUGUUGUUUCGAGGGAGGAAACAACACAUCUGGAUGGUUGUGGAUAUCAACAGAUGUUUUGCAGCAAAAAAGACACAUGAAAAACAAAACCAUGACAUGUUGAUCUUUAUGCUCACAAAUAGACGCAGUCUCCCCGCCGUCUUCCUCCAUGUUGUGGUUGUUCCUUCCCUUAAAGCCAAGACUAUAUCAGAUUCUUUUUUCUUUUUUUACACAGUUCAGCCAUAUUUUCUGCAUAUUUUUGAUUACUCCCUCCAACAUAACAUAUUGCUCGGAAGGUAAUAAAAAUAUUCCCUUUAAAAAGUUUCCCUUUAAUAAAACAGUUGAUGAUUUGUGCCCAACAAUAGUUCAUUUGACAUGACAGAUCUUAUUGACACGUUAUCAAUAAUCUUUUUAAGAAAUUCUGCAAAGAAUUUGCUCUUUAAGAGUACAUUUACUCUUAAAAUAUGCUACUUUGCUAUAAAAACAAUGGAUUUGUUUAAAAUACAUUAGUGUAUAUUAAAUAAAGAACAUGAUGACAUAUGCCCUUUAAAGUCUGGGGAAGCUGUUUGAGCUGAAAUUUUAAUGUUAUGUUUGAAAUAAAAAGACAGCUAAAUGAUAAACACUAAUAAUAAACCAUUGAUUGAAAACACUCGUAUUAAAAGUUUAGAUUUGUCUCCAGUCAUGGAUUUGACCUACUUUAGUGUAUUUGUAUUUUUGAUUCUGGGAGGAUGUAUGCAUUCGCCCAGAAUGCAGCACUUUAUCAAGUUUAGCAUUUUGAGGAAAAAAUGCUGUUACUGACCUACUCGAAUUCAAUAUGGCGCCCUCUGCUGGUAAUCGCACACACUGCAAUAUGCUGAGAAAUAUAAACAUUCUCAUCCAACCAGCAGAAACAGUUUCUCACCAACUAGUUUGAUGAUGGGGAUUUAUCCUAAUUUUCUUAUUUCCACUUUGUUUGAGCUUGAUUAACUGACAGAUGUUGUGUUGAAAUGAAGCCAUAAGUCCCAAUUUUCUGGCUUCAUUUUAAUUUGUAUGUACUUCGCCAGGACUGUCCGUCCUUAUGAUUUUUAACGUUCGAAGUUGCCAAAAAAUGGAAACCGUUUCCGAGUAAAAACAAAAAUGAAUACUGUUAACGACCUUAGUGAAAGAGAAGCUUCUCUCUGCAAACCCACUACGUUCAGAAAAUGUUCAUUUUGUAUUUAUUUAUUUUUGUUUACUUGGAGGUAAAGAUGGAUGAAUCAUCUGUACAUGUAGCAAAAGGAAAACCACAACACAUUGGUGCCAGUAAAAUACUGUGUAACAAUAAAAAAGUAAGUAAAAGUAAACAAAACGA